GUCCCAAUAGCACAUAUAUUUCAAUAACUUCUGCUAAAAGAACAGCUUUGAAGUAUCAACCUUGCCGGCAAGGAAAGAUGGGUUCGCGAAUUUCUCGAAUGUUGAGAAAGCCGCUUGAAACGGGAAGACGGUUGGAUAAGGUACUGGAAAGCAAACCAGUGGUGGCGCCAAAGCACCCAUCGACAAGGGACACGCUAGAGAGGUUGAAAAGCGAGACUGAGCAUAAAUUCAAAGAAAGAGAUAGUAAAGAUGACCAGUUUCUACACAAGUUGAAAGUUCUUAGAGUGGAAUCCUCUGACUUGAAAAUGCCACAGUCACCAGAUGCUCGGAAACCACAGGAUAGAUCAAAGCCAAGCAAAUCAACAAGUGGAGGAAUUUUGGGAAAGCUAACUUCAAGGGAAAUGAGUGAACUUUUUGCGAAAAACAUGGCAUCACCAAGUGAAUGGAAAGCUAGCACGCUAGCACAGCAUUACAAACUGAGUGACCAUGAUGUGUCAAACCUGUUGAAAUACUACAGUGGUUAUGCUGUUGUGGAAAAGGGUCAGUUACCAAUGCCACUUAAUGAAGUUAAAUUCCUGGACUAAAGGGAUUUUGUCUGGUUUAAAAUGAGAGAAUUAACUAAACAGAAUUGAUGGUGGAAGGUUGAUGAACCAUAAAAAAGAUCAGAGCCUUGUUAAGAAAGGCUGAAAACCUGGUCAUAGAUACCACCAUGCCAGGAGAAAAUAUAAGCAAUGCUCUGUAUCAAAGGUAUUUUUAAAUUCUCUGCAUUGUCUAGCUUGCAUAACAAGAACAUGGACAGUAAAACCAUUAUUGCUUGGACCUUUAAUUUGACUAACAAAAGCAACAAUGCUCUAGAAACCAGGGUUAAUCGCUAUACUACCAUCUGAUUCACAAAGGCCAAUGUAUAGUACAGUGCUCCCCUUGAAGGAGAGGGUGAAUUGAUGUGAGGCUUCAAAUUGAUUCUAGGUGUUACCAAGGAUUUGGUUUGCCAUAAACUAAAACUAGAAUUUUGUUAAACAACAGGUUUUUAUUAUCUAUUUACAUUUGCUGUACAGAAGAAAUACAUUGACUGACCAAGAAGAACCUCAUUAAUAAAUCUCCAGGAGGUCUACACCUGUUCCCACUG